AUGUCCCUUCCCUCCAAAUAUAAAGCCGCCAUCUACGAUGCGCCCGGCUCUAUCUCCACCAAAAUCGUCGAUCUCGACAUGCCCGAGCCCGGCGCCGGCGAAGUCUUGAUCAAUCUCACACACUCUGGUGUCUGCCAUUCCGAUCUAGGCGUUAUGAUGAACUCGUGGAAAACAUUACCUUUCCCCACACAAGCCGGACAAGUCGGUGGUCACGAGGGCGUAGGCAAGAUCGUAAAGAUGGGACCUGGAACCGAGAACUCGGCAGUCAAGAUGGGAGAUCGUGUGGGUAUCAAAUGGAUGGCGGGUAUUUGUGAGACAUGCGAGGCUUGUAGGGCGGGUAUGGACGCUUCGUGUUUCUCAGGAAAAGUAUCAGGAUACUACACACCAGGAACCUUCCAACAAUACGUCCUCUCCCCCGCAAACUACGUCACGCCCAUCCCCGCCGACCUCGACUCCGCAGCCGCGGCACCGCUUCUCUGCGCAGGUGUGACCGUCUACUCCGCGCUCCGCAAGACAAACGCCGAGUCAGGUGCUUGGGUCGUGAUAUCGGGUGCCGGAGGCGGACUAGGUCACUUGGCCGUGCAAUUCAGUGCCAGGGGAAUUGGCCACCGCGUUAUCGGCAUCGACCACUCUUCCAAGAAAGACAUCGUCAUGGAAAGCGGCGCUGAGCACUUCAUCCCCGUAGACGGAACAGAGAACAUGGUCGAAGCCGUUCAAGCACUGACAAACGGUCUCGGCGCUCACUCCGUCGUCGUCUGCACAGCGAACAACAUGGCCUACGCUCAAUCCGUAGACCUACUUCGUUUCGGCGGCCGCGUGGUAUGUGUCGGUAUCCCUGAGGGCGACGUCGUACCCAUCAAGAGCGCGAACCCUGGUGUCAUGGUCGCCAAGGCGCUACAGAUCGUUGGUUCUGCGGUAGGAUCAAGGAAGGAGGCGAUCGAGACGAUGGAGUUUGCCGCGAGGGGUAUUGUUAAGACGCAUUUCAGGACGGAGAAGAUGGAUAAACUUUCGGAUAUCUUCAAUGAGAUGCAUGCGGGCAAGCUGCAGGGUAGGGUUGUGUUGGAUAUGACGGCAUAG